AGCUGUGUGCCUGUGCUUGCCUGGCCCAAGACAGUUCCCUUUGAGCUGAACUGUUACCUCAAGCCUGUUGGCCUCUCCUGUGGCUUCUGUGUAGUCCCUUUUGCCAGGGCACUUUUGAGAGCUUCCUGUCCAGCAGCAUUUCUACAGCACCUCYUGGCUGGAGGCCAAGCAGCAGGCUGCCCUUUUCCUUGUUACACUAGCUGCCACCCACCCUGACCUGUAGGGCUGUUGCAGAGGUGGGUUGUACUGCAGUCCUACAGCUAUCCCAUCGGUUUGCAGGCACUUUCAAGCUUAGAACUGGAGAGGCCUGGGUCCUGRUCUUAAAACUAUGUUGGUGGCAGGAGCUUUUGGGGCAUGGAAGUCACAGUGAUUUUUUUUUUUUUUCUGGCUUGCACAUCUGUAUUUGGAGGGAGGACUUCUGGGAGACCCCUGCAGAAUGGGAGUGGUUYUAUGGGCAGCAGAACUUGUCAGCUUAGGGUGGGAAAUAUGAGUCAGGUGAUUUAUUUUCUGUUGUUUCCUCAAAGUAACAUAUGUUUAUUGUCAGUUUAAAGGGAUUCAGAAAUUUAGACAGGAUGGCUUCAGAAGGGAUUUGUUUUGCACUGCAGUCCCUCUAUGUGUCAGGUGCCUGUUAAUACAGCAUGCUGUAACAUUGCCUUCUACAAUGUCAGCAAAGAAAAAUGAUCAAAAGAUCUGUCAGCAAAGGAGCAUUUAAACUGCUUGCCACCAGUUUCUCAGAAUUAAUCUUAGAACAGCGUCAGAUGCCAGACAAAUGAGUUCACCCCUUAAUACUGUCCCACUUGAAUUCAUUAGGUGUAUGGGAGAAGCUGGAAAAGACCCUGUUUUUUUCUGGUCUAUGACUUUAAAAUACUCACAACUGCAAUACUGUAGAUAUGACUCUUCUGCAUAGCGAACUGGUUACUCAUAGCUACAGUGUUGUAGAUAUGACUCUUCUGCAUAGCAAAUGCCUUUCAGACAAGCACUAAACCUGAAAGGUUUGGCACCAACCAAAGGUUAGGGAAAUACUGGUCAUCAGUUAUAACCCUCCUUCAUGACAGCAUGUUACCAUGAUUCCAGUAUAACAAAAAGGAGCUGUGUAUGUGCUGAUUUCUUUUUUAGCAGAUCAAUAUUGUGAAGUCAGUAUACUUAGCCAAGUUGAGCUCUAAAUAUAGACUGAAAGGGGCAGUCUGUUUCAUAGCUAUCUUUAUGGGUACUGCAGGAUUCAACAGGUUCCUAUGGGACUAAAAGUAGAGAGAGGAACUGCAGAACAAGUUUUCUACACAUGAUUUKCACUGGCUGAUUUCUUCCACACUGGCACAUUACCUGAAUAUAAUUAUGUUAGAGGAAGAGAAGGCUCAGAAGCACAUCAAGAGUACAGUUCAACCCAUCCAGGAUUCAGAAAUCACUCUUAGGUGCUUAACACACAUCAUCAAGGGAGGUUUGCAUCCCAUGARGUGCUGAUUUAUGUUGGUGUGUAAAACUGAACUCGGGAGCUUUAUAAAAUACUAAAUGGGCAAGAUAUAUUCUACUCCAAAUCUAAACUAAUUUCUGGGAGCUCCCUCCUUACAUUCACUAGCAAGAAAAAGCUAUAUUUAAGCUGUGAUUCUAAGGUGACAAAGGCAUGUCUUAGAAUAAGAGAGAUAUUACCUGGAGGAAUGGAUUUUUCUCCAAUAAAUAGAGGGAGUUUUGAGUGACACAUGUAGACAAUCUACUUUGUCUACAAAGGAAUGCCUCCUUAGAGGUGUCUGCUUCUCCUUAUGGCUAGAAGUGUAAUAUGUUUCUAGAAGACGUUUUUGGAAUCAAAGCAGUGUAAAGAAAAGCAAAAGACUGACAAGGAAUAAUUUGUAAUACAUAGAAGCAGCCUCCUUAUGUAUUGCUUUUUCAAUAAUCUUCCUUCAAAACUGUAUUUAUAUUAAGAAUCAUUCACUGAGUUUAUGUACCCAGACUCUACAGAGAAACUGUUUUUACUGACUGGGCCUUGUCCAGUGCCUUUUUUAAAGCAAGGGGUAUUAACCUUAAGAAAAGGCUUUUUUAAUUUGUCCAAAACUGUGUGGAUUAGAACCAAAUUAGAAGACAACAUCUUUUGUUCCAUUUCUCACAAAUAAAAACUUCACAGCAAUAUUCUAAACUGUAUGAACAGACAUAUAUUCUUGUUGCUUGUCUCCUACAUUCAUACCUGUUUUCCUUGUCUUAUCUCUGAAUUAUCUGAUGCUGAAAGAAAAGGACCUGAGUGACAUUCUUUCUGGCAGUGUUAGUGAAGGUUUGGCUUUCGCUGUGAUCAGGAUCUCACACCACCCCUUGCAGGUACUCACCAAGUCAAAGGGUAAUACACUAAAAAGUUACCAUUCAAAUCUAUGCUGGAGCCAGUCAGGUUGAUUUUUCUCUUUCUCCCCAUACACAUACGUAUGUGCACAAACAUAAUGCAGAAAUGAAAUGUUUUAAUCAUCAAAGAUUUCCAAGAACAAACAAGUGCUAUGUGCUAUGUUCUGAGUUGUCCCUGCCUUCACAAUCUAGUAAGUGCUGGCCCUUCAAAUACCUUUAUUUUAAGGAUUGUUUAGACUGCUCAGUAUUUCCUCAGAGCAGGAUGCCAACUGUUACAACUYAUUUCCCAUAUCUAUGUUAAUCUACCUUUUAAAUUAUUGUUUCUYUUAGAUACAAUGGAGAGGCCUUCCUUGGAAAUUAACCUGCCUGAUACUCAUGAAGAAGGAAAACUUUAUGURGUUGAUUCCCUAAACAAUCUCAACAAGCUGAAUGUUUGUCCAGAUGAAUCCCAGUGUUCACUAGAUGAGGAAGAGAACACUGGUGGAACUGGAAAAAGCAUGGCAGGAAACAACCCAAGAAACCAGUGUCUGUUCUUUGUCACCUUUAUUUUUACUUUGAUCAUCAGUUUGGCACUUGUCUCAUUGGUAAUAUUCUUAAUAAUUCAAACUAGAAAUGAGAUGGACCAAAUAUCAAGCAGACUACUAUCUGAAAAGAAGAACAUAGAAGAGCUGAAGAAAAUCAACAAGAUUAUAUUAAAGCAUCUAAAUCAAUCAGGAAUUAAGGAAAAGACUUCUGAUCUUCAUGAUUACCUUACCCAGGCUGAGCUCAAAGUCCUUGGAGAAUAGAUCUUAUUUGAAAUUCAGCAUAUUCAUGACUCAGAUAUUUUCACAUAUGGCACACAGAUUGCUUAAACUUCCUGAUAUGGUCACAGGAGCAUUGGAAAAGCCAGCAGAAUGAAAAAAUAUUAGCAAUUCAUAUUUUAUCCUGUUUUAUGACAUAGAAUUGUAAUACUAAACCCAUAUGAUUCACAAUAAACAAUGGAUUGUCAGUUUGGGGCAAGAAUUCCAGAUUUCCUGUGUAUUGUAAAUUGCAGGGGUAAGGGCCUAUUUUUACUUUAAAUGUAAGAGAAUGAUCACAGAAAAUCAUGAGUUCUAUUCACAUGAUUCCAGCAUGACCUUGUUCACAUAAUCAUUCACCUGUUGCUUUUGUACAAGCUUACAAGUUUGUUUCUAAUAUUAUUUGUAUUUAAGGAUAACUUCAAAUUUAAUAACUCAUAAAUAAAUCAAUUUCUGCUGUAGAGUUUCAUGGUUUUUCCUUUCUGUUCAUCUGAACAUACUGAUAUACUACUCUUCUUGUGAAAAAACCCCAAACUUGAAUAACAACAAUCCUUUUCAUAAGAUGCCAUAGUCAGCCCAAAUUGUUGUUUAAUCAGUACUUAUAAUAAAUCCAC